AAAGCAAAGAAAAGACGUCAACUUAUUCCUGUCUGUCCAGAGGAAUCGGGCGGUUUACCAACGCCGCGUCCCCCCGCAGAAAUCGUUGGCGGCGAUGGCAAUGAUGUUCUGGAUGGCACAGCAAAGGUUAUGACUGACGACGGUACAGAUGUAACGGAAGCAUUUUUGAAGGGUGCCCAUCACGCUUUGGAGGUUGCUCAAUCAAACGGCGCGACACACGUAAUUCUGAAAGCAAGAAGUCCGUCUUGUGGCUGUGGCGACAUCUAUGAUGGCACGUUUUUCAGGGACCCUCACGUCUGGUGA